AUGCUCACCUGGCCCUGCAUGGCAACAGGCAAUGGAGCUCUAGGUCCCUUCGGGAGCGGACCCACGCCCGGUUCGAGAAGCAGCGGGUGGCAGAGGAGGGAGGGCAAACUGGCAGCCCCUGGCAACCUGGGGCUGACGGCAGGAGGCUGGGCGCACCGCGGAUUUCCCUCCACCAGCAGGAUGGUGAACCUGGAGUCUGUGCACGCAGCUGUUCCUGAAGGAGAACGAGGCCCCGGGUGUGGUGGCAGCCAUCACUUCAAGGAGAUCAAGAUGAGCGGUGAUGCGGCAGAUUCCACAGAUACUCGGCACGAACCUGACCAGGUGGAGCCAGGAAAUGAACAGAAUGGGCUGGACUUCAACAGGCAGAUUAAAACCGAAGACCUCAGCGACUCCUUGCAAUCUACAAUCCCCCCUAGAUCAGGUCACCUUGUGCAGGGAUCAUCAAUGAUGCCCGGAAGCCAAAUCGCAGGGGAUAUGAGCUCUCUUCACACCCUGCAGCAGCUUGUAUUGCUUCCUGGUCACAUGCAGUCAGUUCCCCAGUUUCUUCUGUCUCAGUCUCAGGCCGGGCAACAAGCUUUGCAGCCAAACAUCCUCUCCUUCCCUCAGCAACAGGGCAGCCUUCUCCUCUCCCAGCCAGGACCCAGCCUGGCAUCACAGGCUGUGGGCCGUUCUGGACUCCCUGGCUCAUCAGUUGAACCCCACCUGGAUGUACCCCAGCAUUUGCAAGUGGCAAAGCACCUAACUCCUUCAGGAGCAUCUGAGGAACCCAGUGACCUGGAGGAGCUGGAAAAGUUUGCUAAGACUUUCAAACAAAGGCGAAUUAAAUUGGGGUUCACACAGGGAGACGUUGGACUUGCCAUGGGGAAGCUCUAUGGCAAUGAUUUCAGCCAGACCACCAUUUCCCGCUUUGAGGCUCUCAACCUGAGCUUUAAGAAUAUGUGCAAGCUCAAACCCCUGCUGGAGAAGUGGCUGAGUGACGCAGAAUCUGCUCCUUUGGAUUCUUCCAUGAGCACUCCCAAUUCCUACCCCUCAGUGAAUGAAAUGUUUGGACGGAAAAGAAAGAAGCGAACCAGCAUUGAGACCAACAUUCGCUCCACACUGGAGAAAAGAUUUCAAGACAACCCCAAGCCCAGUUCAGAGGAGAUAUCCUUGAUAGCAGAGCAGCUCUCCAUGGAAAAGGAGGUGGUUCGGGUCUGGUUCUGCAACCGGCGCCAGAAAGAAAAACGGAUCAGCUGCCCAAUGCCAUCCCCCAUCAAAUCACCUAUCUACAAUUCCAGACUGGUCUCUACCUCAGGGUCCUUGGGGCCCCUCUCCGUCAAUCCAGUGCACAGCACCAUGCCUGGGACUGUAACAUCAUCGUGCUCCCCAGGGAACUCCAGCAGGCCCUCGUCCCCUGGCAGUGCACUCCAUGCCAGCAGCCCCAGCACAGCCCAGAGCAACUCCAAAGCUGCAAUGAACUCGUCCGGUUUCAACUCUUCAGGAUCUUGGUACCGAUGGAAUCAACCUACCUACCUCCACUGAGAUGACUCCUCCGUCAUGUGUUAAAGGAGCUCUGACUUCCAGCUAUGGACCAACUUCUCUAGGAACAAUGCUUGGGGCAACAUCUGGCGUUCCAGUGCCUUCAAAAUGCUGCCAAAUGAAGGUCUUGUUUAAGGAAGCCCAUAGCAGCAGAACUCUCCAGGGACUCAAACUGCAGCUGAUCUUCCCCAAGGAUUCUCAAUGCCAACAGUGACAUUAUAAUAAUACUCUUCCAGGCAUUCACUUCAAGAAUGAGCACUUGCUUAGCACUAUUAGCAUGAAACACUGCCCUCUGCUUGCAAAUCUCUGCAUUCACAAUGGAUUGCCUGGCAAUCUCUAAUCUGGAAGGAUUUCUAUGUCAGAACCCUCCUUUCCCCCUCGCUCAUUUCAGAGCUUCCCAUAAGAAGGGUCUAUCAUGCUGUUACUAUCACGCACACAUACCAUAAACUCCCAAACUGAGCCGAGGUUACCCAGUUCAUUUCACCAGAGACCUGUGUCUAGAUGUGAGCCUUGGUUUUCAAUAGACUUCCAAGGUCAAUGGCACUGUGCUUUAUCCACUACCAAACUUGCUUUGCUUUGAGCUAUUCUGCUCUGUUUCUAAAGGUGCUUCUUUUUUUUUAAUCUUUUUUUUUCCCCCCCCUUUUUUUUUUUUCUUUUUUAAUUAUCUUAGAGCCUUCUUAUUUUUCCCUUAAAAAAAAUUGUUGUCUUUUGCAAAAUCGGUGUCCAGGUCUUGUUAUUGUUCACAGCUGGCCUCAUUGCCCCACUGGAGGACGUCACUGUUUGAAAACCUUGGGUAAACUUCUGACUCCAUUGAACACGAAAGCAGUUAUUAUUGAUUUGAUGGGACAAGGAAUACUCUUGACCUACCCUUCUUUCUUUUAUUCAUCCUUUGGGUUUGUUCUGAUACCAAAUGAAAACAACCUCUCUGGAAUAGAGGUGUGCAUGUGUACUGAAUUUUCUGAACUGUAAGUAAUGUAGCUUGCCUGUUCUCUGCAGCCUGCUCUUCUGUUCCUGGGAGGACAAGUUGUAUUGCUCAGGUGCGAAUCUUGAGGUUUGUGUGUGCAAGUGUUUCUUAAUUUCAUGAGAUGCCAAAGUGUUGGAAACUUCAACUUUCACAGCAUAUCACCAGGGAAAUUGUUGUUACAUUGCAACUCUCCAACUGAGAAGUGGUAGAUAUUUAAUUUUGUUAAAGUAGACUUGAGUAAUACAUAUUCCCGGUCAGGUUGUCUAUGGGUACAAGUAAUUAAUUCAGUGGAACUAGAGUAUCUGAUUCACAGAUUGUAAAUAGACAUUUUUGAGCAGUAGGCUUUUUUUCUU